AGCCAACUUCAAGUAUGUACGAACUUAUUUUGACGAUACAACACAGAAGAGCAAGUCCUUUAGUUUAUGUUUGUUUUUUUUAUUUAAUUUUAAUUUGGUUUAAUUUGGUUUAAAACGCACGUGAUCGAUAAAUAUGGCAGAUCCAUUGAGUGUUUUGAGACAGUAUAAUGUCAGUAAGAAGGAGAUAAUUGAGCGUGAGAGCCAAAUUAUAUUCGGAGAGAUAUCCUGGCCAAAGAAUGUGAAGACGAAUUAUCUAACUUAUGGAUCUGGUAAAGAGGGAGCCCCCAAGGAGUACUACACACUCGAGUGUCUGCUAUUUCUCCUCAAGAAUGUCCAACUCACCCAUCCCGUGUACGUCCGUCAGGCAGCGGCCGAAAAUAUCCCGGUGGUACGUAGGCCAGACAGAAAGGACCUUCUGGCGUAUCUCAACGGUGAAACCGCCACCUCCCUGGCCAUCGACAAAUCAGCUCCCCUGGAAAUACCCACUCAGGUAAAACGAGCAGCCGAGGACAUCCCAGAGCACCCCAUCUCAAAGAAACCAAAAUACGAAGAGACAGACGUUCAAAAGGUGAAAUUACAAUUAGCAGCAAGAUUAGACGCCCCCAAGGAGUCCUCCGUCACCGUCGACAACAUUAAAUCUCUCUCUGAGGCCAUGUCAGUCGAGAAAAUCGCUGCCAUAAAAGCCAAAAGAUUAGCGAAGAAACGAACAACGAUCAAAGAAAAUGACGACCUCGAGAAUGGCACUGAUCUCCGAGUGAUUUUAGCUGACGACACGAUUGUAUCAAGAGAGAGGCAAUGGAGAACGAGGGAUACGAUACUUCUGAGCACAGGUAAAACUUUUGGAAAGAACGUCUUCGCAAUUUUACAGAGUUUGAAAAUUAGGGAAGAGGGGAGGAGGCACCCACCAGCAGAUAAGCCAAGAUCGGCACCUCUGAGGCAACUGCCACAGCCCACAGUCUACAGCAGAUACGACCAGGAACGUUUCGUUCGACAGAGAGAGGAGACGGAGGGUUUCAAGAUCGAUACUCUUGGGACUUACCAUGGAAUGACACUGAAAUCAGUGACAGAGGGCAGCAAGCCUGUAAUCAAGAAAGAAUCUGUCCACAAUCCACCAACACCAUCAGGAUUACUGCCAGUGUCUGCUGCCAAAGCAUCUCUCCAAGGUGUCCAGAAGAAGAGGCCCAGCAAAACUCCCAUCAUCGUCAUACCCAGUGGCAAUACCUCGUUGAUCACAAUGUACAAUGCAAAAGACAUUCUUCAGGACCUCAAGUUCACCCCUGCGGAAGAUAAACGUGCAGCUGGAUGUAAACGCGAGAGUGAGAUGCUCAUACAGAGGAGGAAGGAGGGAGGAUUGACUGUGCCAUAUCGAAUAAUUGAUAAUCCAGGGAAAUUGACUACUGAGGAUUGGGACAGGGUUGUCGCUGUCUUCGUGAUGGGACCUGCCUGGCAGUUCAAGGGGUGGCCCUAUGGGGGUAGUCCUGUGGAGAUUUUCUCAAAAAUUUGUGCCUUCCAUUUGAAGUAUGAUGAGAUGAGGCUCGAUGCCAAUGUCGCCAGGUGGGCUGUUACUACGAUUGAACUCAGUCGGAGCAGGAGGCAUUUAGAUCGAGCCAAUCUUAUGAGAUUCUGGGAAAUUUUGGAUAAACAUAUAAUGAAGAACAAACCCACCCUGCGUUUUUAAUCUAAAGAUGGGAUUCUUUUCGUGGAAUAUGAAUUUAGUGACGUCAAUAAAUGAAGAAAAGAUUGAUAGGCAUUGUAUAAUAGUUACGUGGUUCUGGUGUCGAUUCUGUUGUAGAAACCAAAGGACCGUUAGUAAAGUGAUGUCUGGUGAUGGUUUAUCAGGAAUUCAUGUUUCCUGCGAAUUCAUAAUUCUUCCCAGCUAGGAGAAUGGGAAACAUUGACAAUCAAAUAUAUUAAGAUGAUUUUACAGAGUUUAAGGGAACAGGGAAAAUUGCUGAAUUUUCAUGUGAAGAAUAAAAAACAAAGUUGGAAGAUCA